GUUUGGGGAUCAACCAUGGAUCAUAAGGCUGAGGAGAAAAGAAAGCAGUGCCACAGCUUGACUUUGUUGGAACAAGUAAAGAGAAUGAAAGAAUCAGCAGAGAUAAUUGAUGUUGUCCUAGUUGCAGAAGGUGAGAAAUUCCCCUGCCAUAAGGUGGUGCUGGCUGCCUUCAGUCCCUAUUUCAAAGCCAUGUUUACCUGUGGCUUGGUUGAAUGCACUCAAAGGGAAGUGGUGCUAUAUGACAUCUCAGCAGAGAGCGUGGCCGUGCUCCUCACGUACAUGUACAGCGCAGAGCUGCACCUCACCAACCACAACGUGCAGACUGUUGCGCUUGCUGCUUAUUUCAUGCAGAUGGAAGAUGUUUUCAGUAUGUGUCAGAAGUACAUGAUGGACCAUAUGGACACUUCCAACUGUGUGGGCAUCUACUACUUUGCAAGCCACAUUGGGGCAGAAGAUUUAUCUGAUCAAGCAAGGAAAUAUUUGUAUCAGCAUUUUGCUGAGGUGAGCCUACAGGAAGAAAUAUUAGAGAUUGAAUUCCAGCAGCUGUUGACUCUCAUAAAAUCAGAUGAUCUGAAUAUUUCCAGGGAGGAGAACAUUCUGGACCUUGUCAUUCGAUGGGUCAAACACAGCAGAAAAUCACGUGAAGAGCACCUCAUUGAGCUCCUGAAGCAAGUGAGACUGGUACUUGUCAGCCCCUCCUUUCUGCUGGAAGCCCGCAAAAGGAACACAAUGAUCCUGUGCAAUUCAGAAUGCAAUGACAUGUUUGAGGAAGCACUGAAAGCCAUCAAACUAUCCAGCCACCCUUCUCUUAGCCUGCGCUAUGGCAUGGAGACUACUGAUGUCUUACUCUGCAUCGGCAACAAUUCUCUCGGCAUUAGGUCAAGACAUGGUAGUUACGCAGAUGCCAGUUUUUGCUACGCUCCUGCGACAAAAAAGACUUACUUCAUCUCCUCCCCAAAGUACGGAGAGGGUUUAGGAUGUGUUUGCACUGGUGUCGUGACUGAGAAAAAUGAUAUUAUUGUGGCAGGCGAGGCAAGCGCUGUCAAAAGGUCCAGACAAAAGACCAGGAACAUCGAAAUUUAUAGAUACCACCAGCGAGGCAACCAGUUUUGGCACAGCCUGUGCACCACUGAGCUCCGUGAACUCUACGCAUUGGGCAGUAUCCAUAAUGAUCUCUAUGUAAUAGGAGGGCAAAUGAAAGUGAAAAAUCAGUAUCUGGUCACAAACAGUGUGGAAAAGUAUUCCAUGGAGCAAGGCACCUGGAGAACCACAGCACCUCUUCCUGUACCGUUAGCCUGCCAUAUGGUGGUGACGGUGAAGAAUAAGCUCUAUGUGCUGGGUGGAUGGACGCCACAGAUGGAUCUGCCUGACGAUGAGCCGGAUCGAUUAAGUAACAGAAUGUUUCGGUACGACCCAGGCCAGGACAAAUGGACAGAAAGAGCACCGAUGAAGUACUCCAAAUACUGCUUCAGUGCAGCCGUAGUCAACAGUGAGAUUUAUGUCUUGGGAGGAAUUGGGUGCCUUGGUCAUGACAGAGGACAGACACGGAAAUGUCUUGAUGCAGUGGAGAUUUACAACCCUGAUGGAGACUUCUGGAGGGAUGGACCCCUGAUGCCUUCUCCCCUCCUCUCCUUACGAACAAACUCCACCAGCGCCGGCUCCGUGGAAGGGAAACUCUACCUCUGUGGAGGAUUUCAUGGAGCAGCUCGUCAUGAAGUUAUCACCAAAGAGAUCCUCGAGCUGGAUCCAUGGGAGAACCAGUGGAAUGUCAUGGCCAUCAAUGUCCUCAUGCAUGACAGCUAUGAUGUUUGCCUUGUGGCAAGGCUGAACCCACGGGAUCUUAUUCCUCCUCCUGCAGAUUUAGUGGACCAGUAAAGUUCAGUGGCUCUCUGCUUCCAGGUUCUGUAGAAACUGAAGGAUUUGGAGAGAAAAAUGCUGCGCUGGCUGUGGGUGACAGCCGAGUCCCAUGGAGAGGAGCUGGUGACACACGCUUAAGGACCCAAUUGCCUUUGAGCUGCACUUCUCAGAUGAUGCACAAUUUACUAGUUCUGCUACUCUGGACAAGUUGUAGCAAGCAUGGACUUCAGUGGUACUAAUCAGUGACCAGUUUGUAAGGUCUUAACCACUCUGGUUGCUCAACACAGUGAUACGCAUAAGAUCAAGGAGGCAAACUCUGCUUUUAAAUGUUUUUAAGCAUAAUCAGUAGAAAGUUCUUCCAAUUAACAAUCCAAUGUUGGAAACUCUUUAACUAUUGUUGCUACUGCAAAGUAAGGGGAAUCUUGUUCUAAUUUCUCUAUGGACCUCUCAACACAGCUGGAAGCAAAGCUCUUGAGUUCCAACCCUAACUAUUCUAUGAUUCUAAGUGUUUCCUUGUGAAACCCCAAUUCUACUGAUUUUGCUUCUUUCACUUUUUUUGUUUUAAGGCAGAAUAUUUUAAAAGCUUGUUUUUGUCUUCAGUCUCUGCUCUGUGGCCUGUUCCUGACAACUCAAAUCCUCCUGCAGUUUAGAGCCUGAGUUAACCAACUGGAUUUCGCUCUCUGAAAGACUGGCUACUUGGAAUAGCUCAGGGGGAGAAGGGAGCCUUUUACAGGCUUCCAUCAGUCAUAUUUGAACACAUAUGUGGAACACAGCUGAGACUCCUCUAUUAAAUGUUUAUUCCAGUA